UGAAGAUCCGAACUUGAGGCUUGCAGCAUAUAAUUUACUUGUAGCUUUGAGUCUCAUAUUUAAUUUUGACGUUGGUGGUCAAUUACUUGCUGCAAAAGGGCUAUGUAUUCCGGCAAAUAAUACAAAUUUUGUCGUAAAUUUAAGUGAGAGGCUUGCACAAUCAGAACCACAUCUUACGCAGGAUUUCUUAUCCGAAUUCUUUGUCGGAUUUAGUAAGUCUAGCACACCUUUGAAACAUUUGUGUCUUCAAUACAUGGCACCUUGGCUGUCCAAUUUGGCAUAUUUCAGCAGAAAUGGUGCAGACAAUCAAAAUCAAAGCGAAAAAACAAGAGAAAUAAUCAAGAACUUGAUCGAGCUAACGGCAAAAGAAAAUGAAAUGUAUAGUACUAUUCAAUCUAAAAUAUGGCAAACUUUAGGAAAAGUUGACGAAAUUACAAAUAUAAUAAUUGAUGAAUUUGUUCAAUAUGCUGUUCAUCACGGUAUAAGCUCAAUGCAAUCCGAAACAGUUGCUAAUACCAUUGUAACAUUAUCUUCCAUAAAUAUUCGUGGCAAAAUAAUAGCCAAAUUACGACAGUUUAUUGCACGAACAUCAUUAAAUUCAACAAGGACACUUACAGAAAAUCCAGUAUGGCCGCAAAUAGCUGUUUUAGUUCGGUUCAAUUUAAUGCUAUCAUUUAACAAUCGCAAUGUUCAUAUGUUUUUACCGGAACUAUUUUAUGUAAUUUCUAUACUUGUUGCCACUGGUCCGCCGCUAAUAAGAGCAUCAAUCCAUGGACUUAUUGUAAAUUUAGUUCAAUCAUUGUGCACAUCAAUGACACUAAGUGAAAUGAAUAUAAAAAGAUUGAAUAUACUAUUAACUGAAUUAUCUGAGCCAAAUUUCAGAUACUUUUUUGGUCUAAACAAUGUAUCCGGAAAUGCAUUUGUUAUAUCUCAGGAGUCUGCUAAUGACUUGCCAGAUACAAUGCCUCUUGCUUCUCUUGAAAAAAUAGUUCAAGCACUCUUGGAAGUAAUGAUAAGUGGUGCUGGAUCUGUUGAUAUGUCAAAUAUGUGGAGAGCACGAUGGAUGGGUCUAGUUACAAGCACUGCAUUUCAGAAUAACCCAGCAAUACAACCAAGGGCAUUCGUAACUCUUGGUUGCCUAGCUCGUGAAGAAGUUGAUGAUGAUCUCCUAUAUCAAAUAUUAGUAUCAUUAACUAGUGCAUUGGCAAAGUUUACUGAGAAUGAUUGUUCUCUCAUCAUCAGCAUUGUAAUGUGCCUCACUAAUAUUGUAGGAAAUUUACUCAGUGAUAGCCGUUAUUUACAACCAAUGUUUUGGCUAGCAAUGGCUCUUGUUCAAAUAGGUCACAUUCCAAUAUUUCCAAGCGCUAUUAAUUUAUUGCAUGAGGUUCUUAAAACGUUGGACAAUCAUGGUUUUUUUGCUACUGAAAACAUUGCCACUGUUCUUAUUAGGGCACGUGAACCUUUAGAAACGGUUGCCAUUAAAAUGGAUAAGGAAUGUGGAAUUAAUUACAAUCACUUUUCAUUUGCAGUAGCGGCUACACUUCUGAAAGGAUUGAAAAAUCCAGGCACAAAAACCGGUACACAGGCAGUACUUACAUGUUUCUUGGACAUUGCUUCAAAAGGUGUGUUAGGUGAACGAGCGAAUAAUAAUACAAUAGAUUCUAGUAUGUUAGGAUAUCUAGCAGCUCUUUUGCCAGUAUCAGCAAAAAAUGCGGAUAUGCGAGAAUUGCUCUGGCUCUGUGGGAUAUUUGAUACUGAAGUAGAAAAUUCUGAACUUGGAACAACAUAUUAUAAGAUUUUUGAAAAUUUGGACAUUCCUGAUAAUCAGACAGGCUUAUUAUUAAUUUCUUUAAUGGUUGCGAUGCUGAAAACAGCAGAGAAUGAGCCAGAAAGACUAUUUCUUUAUGGAUUUCUCUCUGAAGCUGCUGUAGCAUUACCUGAAGUUUAUGACAGCCUACUUCCUAAGAUGUCACAAAUAAUCAAUAGCAGUGAGACAAUACCAAUUCUUGAUGCUGUUCAAUCCAUUUUGUACACGGCUGUUUCAUCCGAAGGACAAUACGGAAGCAGACAAAAUGUAGUUGCAAAUGGUAGAAUAAACCAGAUGCCAUCAUACCUUGAAGAAAUUGGUUUCAUUAACUUGAUGGAAUGUGGAUCUUUCUUAACUAAAGAAAAAAUGAAAAUUAAUGCAACAUAUGCGAGCGAAUUG